AUGAUAGUUGUUUCCAUAAUCGAUGAAAUCUUUUUCUUAUGGAUACUUACUAAGAGUUACUCAGUUGCUUUAGUAUUUAGACCGAUGUCAUUUGCUUCCAUUGAAGGUAGCCCUCAAACAAAACUUCUUAUAACCACGAUCGUAGUCACAUUUGUUUCCUCAUUGACAUCUUACUUCGGCCCGAACCCAUCAGCUGUUAUGAUGGGUAUAUCCAUCAUAUGUUAUAUCUAUUCCAGUACAACAGUCUUCAAUUGCGGUACAUACAUUAACAGAAAUCACCAAGUUUUGGUUUUAUCCGGCUCAAUCACAGGUAUUGCCCUCUGCAUAGCCAACUUAUAUAUGAAUUUCGAUCUAAGACCAUGGGGCCCAGAAUUUUUCGUAGGCUUGAUUGCGGUUCUCGUUGUCACUUUUGUCUGCGUAGGAUUUUUCAUCAAAAAGAGAGGCGUCAGAGAACUCAGAUUACUCGACGAGAUCGAAGAAUCACAGGACAUCACUCUAGUCAAGAGGAAGAACAAACUAAAACAGAUACUCAGCACCGGAUAUUCCUUCAAUCACCCAUGUUGCUUGAAUUUCUCCAUAUUCAAGUUAGCUGUCUCAGAAUGGAAGGAAGCCGUUGAUAUCUGGGCAUUGUACGCCAAGUUUGUCGCUAUCUAUCCCGAAUCUGGCCCCAUUUUAGCCUUCAUUGCCCAAAAUGUUGCCUCAUUAAAGUCAAAGGAUACGUUAGCAGACAUCAUUCUUAACUCCACAAGCUAUGUCAUCAAGACUCGUGAAACAAAAUUCACCCCACAGCUCAAGAAUCGCAUUUCCAAGUUAUCAAAACAUUUUAUGAAGACAAAGAACCGGCUACGAAACAUCUGGGACUUAGUAUUACAAGACAACAUCAACGAAAUGUCUAAUGCUAUCAAGAGAACUCAAGAAAACGUCAGCGAAUGCGAAGUCGAAAUUGCACAUUUGACACAACAGUAUCCUAACAACAGAUUCGUGUUCAGACAGUACCUAAUGUUCAUACAGGACAUAAAAGGAGAUCCAAUAGCCGCUAAAACCGCUCGUGAAAAUUUAAUAAAAUUACAACGCGGAAUUCCAAUCAUUGACGACACAGUACAUGAACUAGGCAUACAAGCAUAUCCAAAUAUGCCUACUGCAUGUGUCGACAGCUCCGGAUUGACGAAACAAAUAACUGAAUCUGAAUCUUUGGAAGAAUUAAACUUCACCGAAGAAGAUGUCAUGAAUUUAGAUGCAAUAGAGCAAAUCUCCAAACAAAUAGAUAACCACAAAGUACCUGCCAUCACAUUUAUGUACAAAUCCACUCUAUUUUCUUAUAUUUUUGUUAUUUUAAUUCCUUUAUUAGUUUUAAUUGCAGGAUUUUCAUUUUACAAAGCAGAAAUUGAGCAACCAAUUGAGUUUAUGCAAGGUAUCUCUUAUACCAGAACAUACAUGGCCAUGCUAAGUGCUUUAGUAGGAAGAUAUUUGUUCAGAAACAUCGAUGAUCCAAAAAUUCCUGGACAAAAAAUGAUGGAUACUUUAGAUUUGAUAAAAGAUUUCAGUUUAGAUGAAUUAGGAAGUUCAACUAAAACUAGUGAUAUGAUGAAAUUCAUUGCAAACAAGAUAUCAAGUUCAAAUGCGAUGAUGUCACAGUUGAGAUCCUUUAAAUUGGGAAACAAAUAUACAGAACAAGUCAGAGAAUUAUUAUUUACUACUGAUCAUUGUAAUUUUACUUUGUAUUUUAAUAAUACAAACAAAGUUGUUCAGCCAUCUGAUAUUCCACAAUUAAGUUAUAUGUUAGUUAACCAUGUAGGAAAAUUGCUUUCGUUUACUAAUCCUGAUUAUUCUGUUGCAAGUCAAAUGGAUGCUUUGACAACAAGAAAUAAUAAUUAUUUGCCGAAUAGAUUAAUGGGAGAUUCUUUGAAGAUAAUGCUUCAAUACCUCAUGGAUCAAAAUAAUACUUUACAGUUGGUUUUCGAUAUUUGUUUGUAUUUCGCUUUGUGUUUUGUUAUAAUUAUUUUCCCUUUGAUUUAUUAUUUACAAAUCCGUAAAUUAAGGGAAAUAGAUAUGAAAUUUUGA